AAAGGAGGGAGGUGUGGGAAUAGGGAGGCAGGGGCUGAGUACAGACGUCAGAGCCAGUAAACUGGAGGCCACUGAAGAAAGGGAGUGUGCAAAAGAGGGAUGACAGAGAGGAAGCUGCAAAAAGACCUGAAACAAAGCAAGCCCCCGGUGAACCAAGCAUUCCCUCACUGGCUGAGACAUGGAGUUUCUUAGCGAAGGUCCUCGGCUGUAAAGCAAACCAAAGGCAGAAGGAGUCGAUUUUACUUCCCUCGCCCCCUCCCCCAGUUCAUCCCCAAGUGAGGUUUUUUUUUGAAAAGGAAAUACAGGCAAAUGCUGCCUAAUUGGGUUAUUUGUUGCAGGAAUGAAGCUGCAAGCAACAGAGUUUCACCAGCAACCAGAAUCGGUGAGGUGAAAGAACAUGCCUUUUACCAACGCAAUGACAGCCAAUAAGACAACGGUGUUAAGCUGGACAACAACCGCCUGCAACUCAAAGUCCACUGAACAGGUCAGAACAGCUGGUAAGAACUUUGUCUUCUUUGUUGAGGAGCCAUCAAAGUUUGAAACUGAAAAUAUUGGUAAUCUGCACCGGAGUUCCACUAAAAAGAGUUCAACGAAAGUCCUGAUUGGUACACAAGCAGUUGACAGCACGGAGGUGAAGUGUCCCUUAAAGCAAGUCAAUAACUGCCUUUCAAAGUCAAGUUCAGCUGGUAGUGAGCAGAAAAUGUUGAAUCCCAAACUUGGCACUGGCAACCCAAGCCUGGAUAUCAACAGUGUAAAGGAAAAUGAGCUUUCAAUGCAGAAACCAUUAAAGAAUACUUCCAAUGAAAGAUACCCUCCCAGUAAAAUGAGCAUCAUUAUUAGGAAUCCAAGUAUCAAGCAAAAGAUUUCAGAAUGGGAGGGGAAGAAGGAGCUAGUGUUUUCAGCAGAUAAAGAAAAAUUAGAAAGUAAAGAAGCAAAAGCACUUGAUAAAUUAGAACUGGUGAAAGGUGUUGAAGGGAAUGUCAUUAAAAAAACUGAAUGUAAACACUCAAAAGUUUGGAAUUUAGACAGCAAAGAUGCUGGGAAAGAGAAUGAAUACAAAGUAGAUGAUGGAAAGGCUAGGUCCUUGGAGACUGAAAGCAGGUUAUCUGGGUGCAGACAGAAUGAGAUGAUAAAGUCUGACCUGACACAGCAAAUUGGCAGAAAGGUAAAAGAGGUGACCUGUACAAAACUUGCUACAACGCAGCCCUUGAAAAGGGACCGAACAACUGUGUUGAGUCACAUCAAGAAGCUGGAAGAAAAGGCCAAGGAAGAUUCAGCAUCAAGCCAACUCAAGCUGCCAGGUGAUUACUACACCCCUCAGAGACUUCAGGAGGCACUGGCAGCCCAGGGUCCAACAACAUCCAAGGAGAAAAAGGAUGGCAGCUGCAGCUCUGAGCUCAAGCGCAAGCACAUCCAAUCCAAUUCAGAUUCUGAGGCAAGUGAGCUGAGCUUUGGCACUGUGGACAAGGUGAAGGUUUCCUGGGCAAGCUGUAAAAUUAGAAAUGUGGAAAAUAUCUACUCAGAACCUGGAACUCUGGAACAGGAGCUUUCAGUGAAUCCUGUGCCCAAACCUCGGCGAACUUUUGAAUAUGGGACAGAAAAAGUGGCUGGCCUGCAUUCGCUAAGGAAGAGCACCCGGCAAUUGCCAGACUUACCAACCAUCCCCCCACCUUUGCCAUUGUCACCUCCCCCAACAAUCAGUACAGGAGCACUAAACGGGAAACCAAAGAUAAACAGUAAGGAUAUCCGUCGGAAAUCCUUUGAGUUUGAAGAUGUAAAAGAUUUUCAGAAGCUGAAAUCUCCCAAUUUCUGCAGAAAUGGGCAAGUGGAUUGGUAUGCUCAAUCAAAGUUAGCACUAAACUACACUGCAUCAGAAGAAAACAUCUAUGAGGAUAUCCUUGAUGUUCCUAAGGAAAACCCUUAUGAAGAUAUAGAGUUGUCUGACAGGCACUUGUUGGGAAAACAGUGUGUCCAAGUUCACCCUUCAUCAGCUGGAUCCACCCCUAAACCAGGGUCUCCAUCAGAAAUUAGGCCAGAGACUCCUACAAAGCUUCCUGUGAAGACUCCCUCCCUUUUUCGACACUCAUCAGACAGAAGAAGUUUCAAAUUGCUGGAUCUGAGAAAAAUGAAUAAAGAUGGAAUAAGCUCACCACCAAAAGCCAGCCCACCAUCUACUCCCAGCAGUCCAGAUGACUCAUUGAGCCUGGCAGGAGACUCUCAAGUAUUAAAGAGAAGAAAAAAAAUUCCUAAGGUGGUAUUGAAAAUUAAUGCAAUCUAUGAAGCCAGGAGGGGGAGGAAGAAAGUGAAGAGGAUCACUCAAUCUUCAGAAACCAGCACAGGAAGAGUUACAGAUGAAAAUAGUGAAACUGAUAGUGAGACUGAAGAAAAACUUAAAGCUCACAGCCAGCGCCUUGUGUUGGUCAAGUCCAUGCUGAAACAAAAGGGUCGCUAUCGGACUUUAGAGAGAGAUCUCAUCGAAUUCCAGGAGUGGCAAUUAUUUGAGUUCUUUGUGGUGGUUGCUCUCCACAUGAAGAAGGGAAGUAGUCUGUAUAUUCCUGAGGUUACCCAACAGUUCCCUCUAAAGCUGGAUAAACCAUUCAAGUUCAUGCGAGAAACGGAAGAUCAGUUAAAAGUUAUCCCACAGUUUUGUUUCCCUGAUGCCAAAGACUGGGUUCCUGUUUCUGAAUUUGCUAGUGAGACUUUUUCUUUUGUCUUGACUGGAGAAGAUGGAAGCAGACGAUUUGGUUAUUGCCGGCGUCUAUUGCCCACUGGAAAGGGAAAACGUUUGCCUGAGGUUUACUGUAUUGUCAGCCGGCUGGGCUGCUUCAACCUCUUUUCCAAGAUCCUGGAUGAGGUGGAGAAGCGACGAGUGAUUUCCCCGGCCCUUGUUCAGCCAUUCAUGAGGAGCGUUAUGGAAGCUCCAUUCCCUGCUCCAGGGCGAACCAUCACUGUUAGAAACUUUCUUCCGGGAUCAGGGAAUGAGGUAAUCCAGCUCUGCAGGCCCCAGGACUCUCGUCUGGAGCAUGUAGACUUUGAGUGUCUCUUUGUGUCACUGACUGUUCGCCAGCUGACUAAAGUUUUUGCUUCUCUUCUGCUAGAAAGGAGGGUGAUUUUCACAGCAGACAAACUCAGUACCUUAUCCAAGUGUUGCCAUGCAGUGAUGGCACUUCUGUAUCCUUUUGCCUGGCAGCACACUUACAUCCCUGUACUACCUCCAUCCAUGAUUGACAUAGCCUGCUCUCCCACUCCAUUUCUGAUAGGACUUCUCUCCAGCUCCUUGCCGAAGCUGAGGGAUCUGCCACUCGAAGAGGUCCUGGUAGUUAAUCUUGGGACAAACAAGUUUCUCAGACAGGUGGAUGACGAAGACUCCAUUCUACCACGCAAACUGCAGGUGGCACUUGAGCAUGUCCUCGAGAUGCGGACUGAGUUGGCCAGUCAAGAAGAGGAGGACUCUUCCCUGGAUAAUCCUGGCUGUCUUAAUAGUGUGGUGUCUGAGACCUUUGUCCGUUUCUUUGUGGAAAUAGUCGGUCACUACUCUUUGUACAUGACUUCCAAUGAGAAAGACGAAAGAUUAUUCCUUUGGGAGGCAUUUCGCAAGUCUAUCACGUCAAAAAGUGUCCGACGGUUUCUGGAGGUUUUCAUGGAAACACAGAUGUUUGGUGGAUUCAUUCAAGAUCGAGAACUAAGAAAACUCGGGGUGAAAGGGUUAUUUGAGGUCAGAGCACAGGACUAUCUUGAAUCUCUCCCUGGGAGUGAACAAAGAGGGAUGAACCGAUUUCUUAGAGGCCUAGGAAGUAAAAUGAAAUUCCUUCACAAGAAGUAAAACUAAUCAUUUGAAAGGCAUCUUAAUGCGAAAGAAGGCUAAAUCUAGCAGAGUCACUUUUUCUUUGAUUUGAUGGAUCAUUGAUUUUAGAUUGUCAUUACAGCAAUAUGUGUUGAAGAGAAAAGGGAGACUGUUGCUUCAAAGCUGUGCUCGAUCUAAUGUGAAAGCCUUGAGGGGGAAUAAAACCCAGUUCCAUUGAAUAUUUAUUAUUUAGACUUGCAUGAAGUCUGCCUUGUCUCUGUUUGGCUUUCACUUCUCAUUGGAUAAAGAUUACCUGCAGGGUGUCACACCCUAUAAUCUGUAGAAGAGUUGGAGAAACAAGCAAAGGAUGGAGAAAGUACUAUUUGGGAGUGGUCUACGGUAAAACAGGCAUGGAACAUGCUGGAAGAUGAAGGAAGAGGAAAGAAAAAGUAGACAUUUGUGAAUUAAAAAAGACUGACUUCAGACACUUUUUUAAAAAAACUUGGUUUUGAACUCUACUGUCAAUACUCAGGAGCCACAAUCUUUGUCCUUUCCAGUUUAGCAUGAUACACCAGAAAUAUAACUGCACCACAAUGUUUGAAAAGUAUGUCAUUUUCUGUGUAAUACAUUGUCAAAUGAGAGAAUACUGGGUUUAAGACUGUAAUAUGAUUUUACUGUCAGGAGUUUGGCAUGAACAAUAUGAUUUGAUCAGUACAAUCUUGUACUGUACAUAAUGUGCAUUUGUGCUGGUCAGUGAGGGAGGGACUAGAAGCGUUCGGUAAAGACUUUGCUUGAUAAUGGGACCAAUAUGCUGAGGGAUGAGGUGCACAAUGCAUGGAAUGAAGCCAGAGGUCCAAGUAUCUUAUCACAAUGUAUAGUAUUGUCAAACUUCAGAACCACUUGACUGUAUCAAUAUACUGUCUAUUGUCCGAAUUGCAUGUCUUUGUAGCAUUCAAAAUUGAAUUAUUAUUGACACCAUAAGUUGAUAGAAAACUGUAUUUUGAGGAGCUCUUGGUUUGGGAGAGUAUAAGGGAAUAUCCAAUUUCAUUUCAUUGGAAAUAAGCCUUCUUUGUUUACUCUUAAUGAAUAUCUGCCCAUAUUUGAGGUAAUGGUAAAUAUGAAAAUGUUACCGCUCAUCUUCUAGACAAAAUCCAGCAACUAUCCAUAUCCAAAGGCUUAUAAUAUUUUUUUAAAUUCAGCUCGUUAUCUGUGUGCUGUUAAACACAAACUAGCAAGAUGGGUCUGCAAGAGUUUCUUUCUGUAGUGGUCUCACUCAGCCUUGACUGUAUGCAGAUAAUUAGAUUACGAUACUCUUGAGCAGGAUUCAGUGUGCUGCAGAUCUUUUAGCAACAAGAUUUAUGCUGUAGAUUGCAAAGUACAAAAAGAUCAAAUUUAGCAAUAAAUCACAAACAGCUGGCUUGCAGUAGAAGAGAGUAAUUAUAAAUUGAUCAGUUUGCAAUUUUUUGCAUCUUACCUAUGGACCUUCAACACCAUGAACGGUUGUAACACAGUUCUCUUCAGAGAUCUGCACUUUUUCUAGCAAGCAUACAUACAUCUGAAAAAUCAGCAGUGUCCAGCAAUGACUGCAUGUUGCUAGGCUGAUUUUUCAAGCUUACAGAGUUAGACUGACAACUAGUGCAGGAAGAGAUUUAACAAUACAGAGAAUAUUUACAAAAGGCUGAGAGUGAAUCAUAAAGUAACUAUGCACAUUGAAAUAGGUUUCACAUAAAAGGGCACUGAUGUUUUAACCACUGUAAUGUAGCUUAUACUCUAGUUUAACAUAGACAAAUUAUAAUACCAGCAUGAUCACUAGGAGGCUCUUAGUUUACAUAUUCCUAGCAAAAAGAAAUUCCAGAAUGCUAGUCUUUUAGAAGCACUCCAACAGCUGAAUAAGUCAGUUCAGUAUUUACUUUGGAUGUGCUCAACUUUGAUUAGCAGAAUGUGAACAAAUACCCUAUGGAACAAAUCCUUGGUGAUGGAUCAGUCAAAUCUGGAAUCCAGAUUUUUCUCUCGUCCCUCUGUCAUCUGUCAUUCCUCAGCAGAGAGGAUAUUCAAAUGAGUAGCGUGCUGCCAGUCAAUGCUACUCUUUAACUAGCCUUUAGAAAUUGCACAAUAAUGACAACAUGGAUGUCACUUCCAAUCUCUAUUACCUUCCCAGUUCUGUGAGAGAAGUGCUUCAAUCACAGUCAACUCUUUCUCUGCAGUCAGCUGAGAUUAGGAUCUCACUUUGUCAAGAGUAUCAGAUAUACGUCCAAUUCAGAUUACUUUGGAAUUGUGCUUUUGUGGGUCAACAUCCUCCAUUACUCUGUAUAUGAUACUUCAGUGAGCAGAGAUUCAGGUGCUGAGAUAAACAUUGAAUUGACUCCAUUUGAUGCAAGGUUUCAUUUUUAAAGUAGGCUUGUGGUAUUUUUUUCUAAUUUUGCUAACUUUUGUAGUCAAAAACUUCAUGAGAAAAUCUUGUCCUUGAGCACUAUUCAAUCUCUUGAUUUAGAUCAAGCACCUCUCUGCUGAAGUACUCCAUUACAGGAUCAAUUAUUGGAUGCAGUGUACUGAAGUAAAAGACAAAAUGGAACUGUGACAGCAAUAAGGUGACUGGAGGGAGAUAUAAAGAGAGUCAGAUGUUUAAGGCAAAUGAUUAAUAUGAAAGUAUGUACAUGCACAUGUCCACAAUAUGUUGCUUACAUUGUGACAUAAUGUUUUGUCUUAUAAUUGGGAAUGGGAUUUUUGAAACCUAAUUCAAAGGAGAGGAUGGUCCAAACUGAAUGGAGUCCACUUAAAACAUGCUCCCUGUCACUUCUAUUUCCUAUAGCUAGAGUAUAACACUAUAAAAGUUGGGAUCGUAUCAUGUAACUUAAAGAAAAUUCUAUUUAUUUUCAGUGAUCUGAUUAACCAAAGUCUGUUGUUUGUAAUUUGUCAAAUUAAUUUUGUUGGGUAUGGAUGGUCAAUUAAAAAAACAUUUUAAAAUGCAUUAAAUGGAAAGGCAAAUCUC